CCAGUAGGUGGCAGGAAAGGCGUCUCCGGGUUCAGUGCGCAGUUCAAUCUGAUGAAGAAGAGGAAUCUAGGCGUCCCCCUUCUGUGCGCUGGUUAACACGACGUAAGCUUUGUCUUUUCCACAUCUUUUCGUAGCCUCAGUUGCAGAGCUAUCAAACCACCACUGACCACUAAGACCAGUCAUGGCUGCCGAGCCCAACUAUCGCCGGACAAAACCAGGUGUUAGGACAGCUAACCUUGCUAGUUCAAAUGGAGCUGUUGGACCCUCAUCACAGAUUCCGGGUUUAUCUGCGACUGCCGACACCACUCCUCAAGAAAUAACUAAAGGAGGAAGACGCGUAGGAAUUCAGGCCACUGACUCGGAUUAUGUUAAACUUGCAAAACAAGGAGGACAGAGGGGUUUGCUGAGUCACGAUGACCCUGUGGAAACAAAACCUAACAGUUCCUACAAACCCUCUAAUUGGUUCUCUGGCACACCUGAUGAUCAAGAGAGCAGCAGUGAAGCAACUACCCCUGAUGGAAACAGCAAGUCUAAAGAGGUCUUACAGCACCUGGAAGCCCCUUUUGGAACUGAUAACUGUUCAGCCUGGGAUUCUGGUAAAAAGAAUGUAAUUCAUGCUGCAUCGGAGAUGCAGAAGCUCUCCCUAAGCCAAAAAGAGAUUGUGGAAGCCAACAAGUUCAAAAAGAUUUCCCAUGAGAAGAAGGGGGCAGCUCCAGUGAACAUGUCCAAACUUUUAAGUUUUGGUUAUGUUGAGGAAGAGAAUAAAUCUCUCAAUGAUGAUGAUGCUUCAAGUAUUACCUCUGAGCAGACCAGCACCAUUGCACCAGAGGAGGAACUGGAAUAAAAAUGAUGUCCCCUAGCUAAAACCCUUCUUCAUGAAUUGUUGUUCUCUCGUAUCCACUAGCUCCUUUGAAUCAACCACCCACUCUGCUUUAUGCAAAAACACUUUUUAGU